AUGUCGUUCAGUUUGAAACAAAUAUUUGGCAAAGAUACCGUCAUAUUUGCCACAAAAGAAGAUCAUGCUACCCCUCCCGCCAUUGAACUGCCACCACCAGAACCGGCACAGGGCCUAAUAACAAAGGAUGGUGAAAUUAAUUGGAGCUGUCCCUGUUUGGGUGGCAUGGCUACCGGACCUUGUGGCGUUGAAUUCCGUGAAGCUUUUUCCUGUUUCCAUUACAGUGAAGCUGAACCUAAAGGUUCCGAUUGUUAUGAAGCCUUUCGUACCAUGCAAGAUUGUUUUACGCAGUAUCCUACAGUUUAUAAUAAAUCAGGUAGCAGUGGUGAUGACGACGACGAUGAUGAGGGUGGUUUAAAUAUGGCAGCUUUAAGCGAAGAUGCUAAGGAGGACGAAAAAGCGGCAGUGGAAGCAAGCACAUCGCAGACAGUUGAUAAAUAAUAAAAUAAGUAAUGUUGAUGUUAUUGUUUGUAUACCUGUUAAUAAUUUAAGAGAAUGUAGAGAAGGCGAAAUGUUGAAAAAUUAGAAGACAAAGGAAUGUUUUAUGUUUGCAAAGUUGUAUUUUAUAAUAAAAUACUAAGGAUAAUGAGAUUAAAUAUUCGAAUGUUGAAGCGAAGUCAACUUCUAAA